CACUUGACAGUUACAAAAACAAUUUUUUAAGAUUUUUUUAGAUUUAUUUGGGAAUUGAUCGGGAGGUAUUGAAUAAUCACUUUUGGCAAAUAUUGUUUUACUAACGUUAAUAUUUUUGCAAAAUAAUGUUAAAGGUAAUCGCGACGACAGCAAAGACUUCUUUUUCGAGGUCUUUGCCAGCAUUUUCGACAUGUACUACUCGAUUAGCAGGUGAGAUAGAUCCAACUUGCCGCAAGGAGGCACCAAAAAUUGAUUCUGACACUGUUACUGCUUUACCUGAGGAGGCAAAAGAAAAGAUGGUAUAUGAGUGUACAAUCUGUGUGCCCACUAAGGUGGAUCUGAGCCCAAUAACUGGUGUCCCUGAGGAGCAUGUUAAGACCCGCAGAGUCCGUAUCUACCAGCCACCUAAGAACGCCAUGCAGAGUGGCACCAAUAAUAUUCAUCACUGGGAGAUGGAGUUUGACAAUCGCCAGCGUUGGGAGAACCCAUUGAUGGGCUGGACAUCCACUGGAGAUCCUCUUUCGAACCUUAAGCUGGAGUUCACUUCUCCUAAUGAAGCAAUUGAGCAUUGUGAAAAGAAUGGCUGGAGUUGGUAUGUGGAUGUGCCUAAAAUCGAAAAGGAGUUCAGGCCCAAGAACUAUGGUUUAAACUUUUCCUGGAACCGCCGUACUAGAGUUUCCACAAAGUAAAUUGUUUACGAUUUCUAAUAAAACUCAAUUGUAAUUUGAUUGCAUAGAAAUAUUUAUUAUUUGAAAUGUAAUAAACUAGAUACAAAUUAUAUGUAAAUAGGACUAGCUCUAAAUAAAUUCUUCAGAGUC